AUGAAAGACACAGUCGCUUCUUAUCCCCCUGUUGGAAGUGAAUACGAUAGCGAUCUGUUCAACAUCCAAACAUUACUUUGGCAACCACAGACACUGCAAGCAUUUGAUGUUCAUUCCUCCUCGGCCUUGAAUGGAAGCUGGGCUGAGUCUGGUACAGACCCUAACCGACUAACCUUUGAUACGCCGUUAAUGGAUCAGAUAACCAACGCCAGUAUGACAUCGCCUGCCAUUUCUCUUGAUGGUCCAUCACCAGCUAAGAGUUUCGUAACUUUGGAGAACGAUCCUCAUAACUGGAAUCCUCUCGUCAACUCGUUAGAAUCCAACCGCUGUACCUUUCCCAAAGCCAACAACUAUUCUUCGAGUAUAACGCCAAAGUGUAUAUCUAAGCACAGGUCGUCUGAGAAGACCUUGGGUGCAUCGCCCUCGCUUGAGCCAUUAUUACAUAUCAGCGCUAGGAAAGGCGAUUGUGAUGUUCUACGGACCUUGCUAAAGUACAGGUCGGAUAUCAACAUGCGAGAUAGCAAUGGACGAACAGCUUUACAUGUCGCGUCGGAACAUGGGCACCAAAAAGCCGUUUCAUUACUACUGCGUCAUGGGGCUGAUGUAGAGGCUUUGGAUCUGGAAGGGAAGUCGCCGCUAUAUCUCGCGGUGGUCGCAUCUAAAAAUGAAGUAGCCAAUGUUCUGCUUAGUUAUAAGUAUUGA